AUGAGCGCCGCCGAAUACCUGGGCGCGACCUCGUCUCGGCAUGCCAUUGGCCACAGCGCAGCAGCAGCAGCAGCGUCGCCGCAUGCCCCAGCUCUACCAGCGCUAGACAAGGGCAAGGCCAGGGAAGUCGACCCACUCCGCUCGUCGCCCGAUCCUGCAGGCUCUACCCGGCUGUUGGCAGGCCGCCGGCUCGACGAGCGCUCCCAUCAUCAUAGAGCAACCAGAGACAGCGAUAGCCGACCUGACUCCGCCUCGACCAAGGGCAAGGCCAGGUCAUCGUCUCGGGUGGCCGAGGAGCGGCCAGUCCCAGGCCAAGACUACGACGACAUCGACACGCUUCGCCUCGGCCACGGUCGAGGGCACAAGCAGCGGAAUCCGAGCCUCCAAGAGCCGGACUUUGGAGAGUCGUUUGCCGCCGCAUUUGGCGGCGCAGCCUCGUCCCACGAACCCCCUUCGAACGAGGUCGCUUCCCUCGGGAGGGCGCCCUGCAGCAUCGCGUUGCCUCGUGACCAUGCCGCCGGCGGCUCGCGCCGUGACAGCCCCGCGCGUGUCAGCUCGAGCAAAAGGGCCUACGCCGACGUCUCUGCCUCGCCCCAGCACUCUCCCGCGACGGAGACGAUCAGUCUGCCUGGCUCACCUGGAGUCAGCGAGCCGCCGUCCUGGAGGGAUUCGCUUACGGGUGCGAGGACCGUUGCAUCGCCGCCACUCGAACAGGCCACCACCUCCGCCGCAGCCGGCUCGUCCAGCUCCAUUGCGCCUACUAGCGCAGCACCGUCGGGUGCUCCAAGUACGGCGCUCCUGAGGCACCGCGGCUCAAACAAGCGACGCCGCCCGGACCGCACGUCUUCGGACGGUACCACGGAGGGGACCGCCUCGUCGCAUCUGCGCUCGGCGCGCAGCUCCAUGGACAACGCGGACCCGAUCGAUGACCUUCGAGCCAUGAUCGAGGCGCAGAGCCGGCUGAUCGACUCCUCGUCCGACAUGACCCUGAGCUCGAUCGCAUCGAAUGGCGCAAGGGACAUCAGCGACAUGUCGGCCGACGCGAUCGCGGACCAGGGCAUGUCGAGCAGUGUCCCCACCAGGUCCAGUCGGACGGCGUCUCUGCAGCUGGACGACGCUUCGUCUCACCGGCAGACGCAAUUCCCUCCCGCAAGGGGUCUAGGCCUUGGACGGCGGCCCGAUGCGAAUGCUACAAGUCCGGACCUACAGGGAGCAACCGCGGCCGGCGAGCCUGGUCGUGCUCCGCCGAUCUCCUCGCGAUCCAGAGUCUCUGCGUCUGAGACGCGCGCCCCGUCUGCCAGGUCGCGCCCGUCUCUCCUGCACAAUGCCGGUACGGACUCGAUGUCGCUGGGCCUGGUUCAUCAGAACGACACCAGCCAUCGCCAAGGUGGCGCCGCCGCCAACGACGAUCCUGUCGCCGCCCGACUCACUCGUCUCUCAAGCUUCUCGCGCGGCGGAACAAGCCUCGAGCCGAUCGUCACCAGCGUUGCAGACGAGGCUGCAGGUCCCUCGACGUCGGCGCUUCGGCGGAAUCAGGCGCUGUCGGCCCAGCUCGCCGAUCUGCGCUCUCGGGUGGACAGCACCGCGGUGGAAUUGGCCAACUGGAGAGCCAGGAGCCAGGAGCUUCGGCACCGCCUCACGUCGAGCGUCGCCAGCGUUGACGGCACUCCAAGCCAGGAGCCCGGUCGUCGAGAUGCCACGCCCCGGAGCGGCAGUCAUGCGACCACACAACCGCCAUUCGAAGUGGUCAACACUGCGAUGCCAGCCGCGUCCACGCCUCCCCGCGACCCGUACCCGUCCCACGCCGAGACCGCCUCCCUGACGUCGCACGCUUCCGAGAGGCGCAUUGGCUCCAUCGGCGCACUUGGGAGGGUCCGGGGCCCAACGAGGCGGGCCAACGAGAUCUGGCUCGGGCUGGGCGGGCGUGACGACGGUGUCCAUAGUGACACGCUGAGGGCCACGGGCCAACGACAAGAUGUUCCGCCCGUUGGCGCCAGCGGGAGGCAGCCUCAGCCCCUUCUCGAGCGAUCCGGCAUCGACCGAAGCCCAGAUCGCGAAAGCGGUGGAGCGAGUUCUCGUGAAGGCACGCCACGCACCGGCGACCGGAGCACGGCCAGGCCAUGGCUCGAUGCACCACAGCUUCCGGACUUGCGGGCAAGAUCGCCUCUGUCGUUUUGGUUCACACCAAACGCUGGCGGCGAAGCUUCCGCUGCGACCGCCAGGCCUCUGCAGGACGCUCGCACGACAGCUCCCCGACGCCACAGCGACGAAGGCGUGGCGGCCGAGCCAGCCGACGUUUCCUCGACGACACGGCCGGGCCUUCGGCCUCUGACACUGUCUGCACGCCUGCUCCGCAGCGAUACCAACCGAAGGACGGCCCACAUCCCGGAGUCACCCCUGGCCGCGCUAGAUGGCGACGCCGACAGACUGGAUGCUCCGCCGGCCUCGAGUGCCGAGCAGAGGGGCAUGGCGCGCACCCUAAACGACAUCGGCAUGCUUCCCGCCGGUCAGGCAGGGCGGCGCUGGUCUCCGUACGAUGCGGUCCCACCUCAUUCCCAGGAUCGCGGCCUCCGGCGCCCGGGUCGUGACAACCGCGACAACCCGGGCCCGAGGCCGAACUUCUUCCUUUCGAGCUAUUUGAACUCGAUCGACGCCGAGGACAGCGCCGCCGAGCCCUGGUCGGUCGACUUUAGGGCCGGGAUCGGUUCAGCCACUGGUCUGAUGGGGAACCGAGCUGCCCGGGAUGACGCAGGCGACGGCGUUCGCAGCGCGCCGGCCGACACGGGUCUGUUGGAGCACAUCGCCUGGCGCCGGGCCAGACGCCUCGAGGCAUCCGUCGCUGCGACAAACGAAGCGCAGCAAAGUCUGCGGUCUGGGCGCAUCAGCCAGCGGCGGCUCGACCCGACGGAGCCUCAGAGCACUGGCCCCGCCGAUUCCAGAGGCGGCCCCGGCUUCGGCGCCGGGCCGCCGUCAUGGCUUGGACACCAGAACGACUCGCAGCGACGCCUGGACACGACGCCUAGAGGGCCUGUCUCGCCUCCGUCCCAUCGCCAAGAGGGCAGUCCGUCUGGCGCGGCCGGACAAGCGUCUUCGUUGCGCCUGAGACGCAGAGCCGAGUGGCUCAGCUCCCAGAACGCCUCGCUCUCGGCCGCCGAUCGGCGCGAAGGCUCAAUCGGCCGCUCGACCCGUGACGUGCCAAGACACGACGGCUCCGCCCCUGGGCGGCACAACGUGGGCGCAGACGACGUCAGGGUCGAGGAUGGCGCCGCCGGCGGUCUCCGCCCCUAUCGCCACAUCUCCGACUUUUCGUGGGAGCGCGUCAGGGCCGAGGGCAGCCAGCCACAGAGGACGAGGGCGUCCGACCGCGAUCCUUCCGAGAGCCCGUUCGACUAUCUGAGCCGCCUCCUCCGCCAGGAUGAGCCGGCGACAACCGGUGGCGGUAGUGGCAGCAGCAGCAGCAGCGGCGGCAGCGCGUCGCGAGCCCGCAUGCUGCCGUCGUGGAGAACGGGCGAGAGCUCGAGGGUGGCAAACAGCUUUGACGACUGGUUCGACGUCGACCACCACGGCCCGUGGACCUCGACCAGCCGCAUCGAGUCGUUCCUGCGCAUGAUGCGGCAGGACGGCCUCGGCCUCGGCCUCGCCUCGGACCCGGCCAACUACCUCACCGAUGACGAGUGGGACGCCUCCAACACGUACGAGGACCUGCUGCUGCUGUCGUCGCGGCUCGGCGACGUCCAGUCCAAGAAUGUCCCGUCGCACGUCGUCGCCUGCUUCUCCACCUGCCCGUACUCGCAGUGGGGCGGGGGCAGCUGCGACAGCCCGCCCUCGCCCCCGGUGGUGGGCAAGGGCAAGCAAAAGGUCGACGACGAGGCCAUCGCACGCGCCGUCGCCCUCAAGGCGUCGCGCGACACGAGCUGCGCCAUCUGCCUCGACGACUACAGGGACGCGGACCUCAUCAUGUCGGUGCCCGGCUGCAACCACGCCUCGCACGCCUCGUGCCUCAAGACGUGGUUUGAGACGUCCCGCACCUGCCCGUUCUGCCGCGCCGAUGCCGGCAAAGCCUGGACCGACGAGAACGGCAAGGCGGGGCCCAAGCUGCCUGAGCUGCGCCUCUAA